UGCUCAGACCACCUGCUUGUAAAACCUGCAGAAAAUUGAGAUGGACAGAUGCGAAAAUGUAGUACUCAUGAGUUAAAGCUUUGGGGAAGGAAUUCCGCAGAAGAAUCCUCGUUGGAGGAGUGUGCCAAGUGCAACCCGAAUAUUCAUGCAAAUUAUAGGCGUGCCUUCAGGCGAUGGAGUCACAGCCGGAACUUCAGAAAACCAACGGUAUACAAACUAGUACGAGACGGUAAUCUUCAGAUCUGGAAGAGCUCUAGGGACCCCGACGGACAAAUGAGGAGUAUCUGACGUUCGUAAAAGAAAGAGAGAAGACAAAAAGAAAUUACUGCGAGGUGAAGUCCUCUGCUUCAGUCACUCCACAAGAGUAGAGCAGGCUACCACGGAGAAGGAGUUUACAUGCUGCGGUCAUAGAUGCAUCGUUUACAAAUGUGAAUACGUAUUUAAUUAGCUUUUUUCCCCCAUUUUAAACGAACCUGCAGAGGGGACGCGCAGUUGGAAGAAAGCAAAUCACCGAUGUGGAUCACUUUGGCAGAGUUGAACCAUACCGAGUUUGAGCGCAAAUUCGUCCACGGACAGAAGUAAUUCUUCGUUUUUUUUUUUUGUUUUUUUUUUGUGAAAAUCUGUCCGUUUCUAAUCGCGAUGGCCGAAGACGAUAAUGGUAGCGGUGCUGGAAAUAGACUGGACUUGGAGGGCAGUAAUUUUAGCGUUCUCAGCUGGGAGCAAGUCCAGCGCUUGGACAAGAUCCUGACGGACACCAUCCCCAUCCACGGCCGCGGCAACUUCCCCACCUUGGAGAUGAAACCACGGCAAAUAGUAAAAGCAGUGAGGAGUCGAAUGGACGAGAAACAGAUCACUGUCCGAGAUGUACGGUUAAACGGGUCAGCAGCGAGCCACGUCCUGCACGAGGACAGCGGAUUGGGGUACAAGGACCUUGACCUCAUCUUUUGCGCGGAUCUAAAAGGGGAAGCCGAAUUUCAGACCGUUAAGGAUAUAGUUUUAGAUUGUCUACUGGAUUUCUUACCAGAGGGAGUGAAUAAGGAGAGAAUUACACCAUUAACCUUAAAGGAGGCCUACGUCCAGAAGAUGGUGAAGGUCUGCAACGACUCUGACCGCUGGAGCCUCAUCUCCCUGUCUAACAACAGCGGCAAGAACGUGGAGCUCAAGUUCGUAGACUCACUGAGGCGGCAGUUUGAGUUCAGCGUGGACUCCUUCCAGAUCAAGCUGGACUCCCUGCUCCUGUUUCACGAGUGCUCAGAGAACCCCAUGUCUGCGGCCUUCCACCCCACCAUCAUCGGGGAGAGCGUGUUCGGGGACUUUGCCGCUGCCCUGGACCACCUGCGGCACAAGGCCAUCUGCACCCGCAACCCGGAGGAGAUCCGGGGCGGAGGGCUGCUGAAGUACUGCCACCUGCUGGUGCGGGGCUUCCACGCGGCCUCGGAGAGCGAGAUGAAGUCGCUGCAGCGCUACAUGUGCUCGCGCUUCUUCAUCGACUUCCCUGACAUCGGCGAGCAGCAGCGCAAGCUGGAGUCCUACCUGCAGAACCACUUCGUGGGCCUGGAGGACCGCAAGUACGACUACCUGAUGACGCUGCACGGGGUGGUGAACGAGAGCACGGUGUGCCUGAUGGGGCACGAGCGACGGCAGACCCUGGGCCUCAUCACCAUGCUGGCUGUGCGCGUGCUGGCCGAGCAGAACGUCAUCCCCAACGUGGCCAACGUCACCUGCUACUACCAGCCCGCUCCGUACGUGGCCGACGGGAACUUCAACAACUACUACAUCGCCCAGGUGCAGCCCGUCUUCACCUGCCGGCAGCACGCGCUGCAACUGAGCCGGCGAAAGCGAGAGAGAGGUGAAGGGAGAGGACACAGAGAGAGCUGUGGCGAAAACCUAAAAAGGUCCAAAACCACCCCCCUCCUCCCCCCUCCCCCGACCACCACCUCCACUCAGUGCUCCCCUGAAUACUCGGCUGAAACACUGGCCAGAGUCCUUCUCCCAGAGAGACGUUUCUGUCCGAUUGCACCGUGUUGUCAGCAGAAGAGGAGGGAUGUUAGCGCGUAG